CCUUGGUGGGUGGCUUUGUGUAGUGUUCCGCACGCUGCUAUCUCUGGCGUCCGGAGCGGAGUCCUAGAGGGGGACAACAUGCCAACUGCCAAGCAACUAGCUGACAUUGGCUACAAGACCUUCUCUACCUCCAUGAUGCUCCUCACUGUGUACGGGGGCUACCUCUGCAGUGCCCGAGUCUACCACUAUUUCCAGCGGCGCAGCUCCCGGCGCCAGGCUGCAGAAGAACAGAAAACCUCAGGAGUCCCGUAGAACCGGGGGGCUAUUUUCCUUGAACAGAGAGGCCUGAGGCAUGCUGUGGAACGAUCUCACCUGCACUCGGUUCCAAGUCAAGAGAACUAGGGCCUUAAUGGUUUCCAAAUCCUGCUGAGAAAAAGUGCCCAUGUUUUCUCUGAUACUCCAUCUUGGGGAGGCUGUUGAAUCACAACAGGAAUGGGAGGAUAAGGCAGACAUUAAAUAUUUUGCCGUGU